ACACCCGGCGACGAGGUCCAGACACUCGAGGCCACGGUGCGAGCAGCCCGCCCGCCGGACCCGGCCACGGUGAAAUGUGUCAGUUGUACCCUUGGCUCACUGAUGAGAUGACACACAUUGUGGAUGAACCUGCUGUCUUGGAGAGACUGCUCUUGGACUUUGAUGAUACCAAGGCACGUGCAUUGGACUCCAAAAUCGACAACCUAAGGAAAGAGCUCACCGAGGCUAUCAUGGAAUCGGCGAAAAGGCAAAACCUUGAAGUGCCUAAAGUAUGGCAGUGCCAAUGCACUAGGCUUCAGCCAGCAAAGUCGAGAGCACAAAAUGAAAACAUGCUUUUGUUAGAGCGCUUGGAUAAAAUUGGUGAGAUGCAGGAGCAAUUGAAAAGAAUUGAAAGUGGAAUGGCAGAACUAAAACCAAGUCCAAAAGCUUCCAAGCCUGCACCAAAGGUGAUAAGAUGUUAUUCUGCUGCGAGUGUGCCUCACUCAGUUGUUGCAGAAAAACAGUUCUCAGGCAAUGUACUGCAAAAGAAGAUAGAGGUGCAAGGGAAAUUGCCUCAUUGCAAGAAUGGGGAGGUUACCUCUAAGUAUCGGCCUCCCGGCAAUUUGCGAAAACCGAUAUUGGCUUCAAAGAGUAUUCUUCGUGCUAGGAACGGGAAGAUUGACGCUGAAAGCCAGAUUCUGAAUUAUGUGGAAAAGAUGAAGGUAGUUGCAUGCGCACAAAAAGGCUUUUCGCAUGAUUUGAAUGUGGAGGGUGGGAAAGAGGUUGUUUUACUUUCAUGUUUACAGCCACAUCAUCAAGUAGCCAAGGCUACUCUUCAAACAUCUUGUACAUCUACAAUAGUUGGGGGCAUGGCACUUGGACCUGGAUGUUGCCUAGUCUUUGUAAAUAAAGUGUUGGAUGGAAAGGCUCCUCUGAUACGCCCUUUCGGGGACAUGAAAACAAUGGUUGAUGCACUUGGGCAUUCUAUUGCAUGGACAUGUCAACAAAUCCUAGAUGAUACUACUGCUGGCAUGGUAGCACCUGAGCAAGCAUCUCCAGGGCAAAAGGGAUGAAUAAGUGCCUCCUUUUGUGCCAGAACUGAACAAGGGAUCAUUUUGCAUAUGAUAGUGGGUCCCGGUCUUAAUGUUAUAGCCUUUUGUGAGCUCUGCACGAACGAGCUGGGCAGAUCAACUUGACCCAUACAUGGGUUGGACAUCCUUCUUUUGGUGUAAUUAUUCUAGGCUAACUGAUGUAUCCCAGCAGUGCCUCGCAAACUUAGUUAUGUUGAUCUGACUCAGCAAAGCUGAUGGUAUAAACAUAUAUUGCCUGAGUUUUUCUUA